AUGGCGACUAAGGCUGUGUGCGUGCUGAAGGGCGACGGCCCAGUGCAGGGCACCAUCCACUUCGAGCAGAAGGCAAGGGAUAAUGGGCCAGUCACGGUAUCCGGCUCCAUUACAGGAUUGACAGAAGGUCUCCAUGGAUUCCACGUGCACCAGUUUGGAGAUAAUACACAAGGCUGUACCAGUGCUGGCCCUCACUUUAAUCCUCAAUCCAAAAAACAUGGUGGACCAGAGGAUGAAGAGAGGCAUGUUGGAGACCUAGGCAAUGUAACUGCUGGUAAAGAUGGUGUGGCCCACGUGUCUAUUGUAGACUCUGUGAUUUCACUCUCCGGAGAGAAUUCUGUCAUUGGCCGCACAAUGGUGGUCCACGAGAAAGCGGAUGACUUGGGCCGAGGUGGAAAUGAAGAAAGUACAAAGACUGGAAAUGCUGGAAGCCGUUUGGCUUGUGGUGUAAUUGGGAUCGCCCAGUAA